ACGUCCCGGCAGCACACACAAAGGCACACACGGCGGGACCGCAGCAACGAGUGUCGUCGUCGUCGGCUAGCGCUAUCAGUUCAAGUCCGGCAGUAGGCAAAAAUACGUUCUCCGAGCGAGAGAUAACGUAAUGUUCUGCGCGGUUCGAGAAACGAAGAAUCCGGCGCGUUUCGAUCGGAGAUUGAGAUAGUGUUUUCGUCGUUGUUCCAGAGACGAGUGCAGGUCGCGAUUUAUGAUACUUCUGGUGGGAAGCAAAGGACUUCUGUUGCUCUAAGGGAAACUGUUCACCCCUGAACGAAGAAUCGAGAGGAAACUAGGAAACGGUGUGACCAGGGUCAGGGUUGCCGAAAAUCGAAGAAGCACGUGACUGGAAGCGAAGGGGUUAAUCAAAGCAAAGCGGAGAACAAUCGGAAGUGUGUUGGAUAGCGAGAAGCGAGCGUUCGGAUGCUCGAUGGUGAAACUAAUGUCUGAUUGAUUUUAUGUGGUGCAUCGCAUGUUCUCUACUAAAUAGAUUAUCCUAACGAAAAUAUUCAAAAGUUUUCAUAUGUUAAAGAUAGUGAACAUAAAUAAAGUGGUGAAACUAAGUGUUUAGUCGAAAUACGAGUUGCCGUUUUAAACAAGAAUUCAGUGAUAACGAAAUAAGAAGAAGUGUCGAUGAUAAGAAAAUGAAAAAAAUCAUUUGAUAAAAAAUAAUCAGAAAACGAAUCACAAUAGAAACAACAAAUCACAUAUUCAACCGAAAAAGAAGAAUUCAAUUGAAGCAAUAAAGAGUGAAGAAUUCCUACCUUCCGGAAACAGUGUCAGUGCAGCGGCACACGAAUCUAGAGGAAGAAAUAAUAGUCGACGGAAAUCCGUUCCGACAGAACGUCAGCAGCAGCAGCAGCAGUUCCUUUUGGGUUCCAGUCGCGCGGUCCAUCGGAUGCAGUCAGAAACCAUCAGAAUAAACAACGCCAAAGCGACGUAAUUAUGCUAAUCGAGUGCGAAUGAUCGCCACACAGAGCGGCAACAGCUCGCUUCAGUUGUAGCAGCCCAGUGUGCAGCAGCCGAUUUGGUCAAAGCUUGUCGACGUCGCUUACUUUAACUCGCCCCUAGCGCUGGAAGAGUGCGUGAAGAGCAGCGAGGGUGGCGCAAACGAAUGUGAGAAAGCAAAGCAGGCGGCGUGUGAGUUUGUGUGUUUAUCUUCUCAUAGCAGGCCUCUUUCUGUCUGUUCAUUUUUUUUCGGUGGCAAAAAGUGUGGUCCAGUUCGAUAAAUAUUCAACUGGUGGCAAUUGAAAUGUAACAGCGCGGAUUCAGCGUCUGAUUCGGCGUGGUGCAUAAGAGAAGAGAAACCUGAGUGCAAAUACGAUUGAAUAGGUAUAGUGACGAAGACCAGGAGUGGCGCUCGAAUGGUCAACAGAGUUAGUGGCAAGCCCGAGCAAGCACGACAAAUUGGAUUGGAGAGAUAGAGAGAGAGAGUGUGUGUGUGGUAGGCGAAUCGGUCGGAAAAACUAGACAGCCGUACGACCGAAGCGUCAAGAUCAGGGUCGAGGAGGUUUGCAUUUGCAAGCAGAAGACGGAGAAGCCGCACCGAGGAAAGACAAUCAAAGCUUGAACAAAUUCACUCGAUUAGAAAGGUUCAACCGUAACCAUUCUGUGGAGUCACAUUUUAACGGAUCAAAACGUCUAUCGAUCGUCUGUUCCAUCAGACACAAAAAAAAACAAUUGCUUCAUCGCAAAGGCUGUAAGCCGAUUUGCCUCGACCAAGCUGAGUAUACACGUCACUAAAUCAAUCGAUUUACCGUCAUCAUCGCCUACUACUGCACAGCAGCACUCGGUAUCGAACCGAAAACAAAACAAAAAACGCACAGACAACUGGGAUCUAAACUGCUGAGUGGCCAGAGAAACGACGACUACGAGGAUGACGCCGACUGCGAUGAUGAUUACACAAAAACCAUAGCCUGCUACCAUCAACGUCAUCUUCAUCAACCGAUUGUCAUCGUUGGUCGUCAUCCCAACGGCGGCGGCAGCAAUCCCCCUCAUACGAACUUUUUGUCUGACCGUCUAUUCCAGCUUCAGGAAUCAAAAAUCCAUGCCAGUGUUUGGCUGCCACGUGGAAAAAGUCAAACUAAGCACAUAACGAUGCCAUAAUCUAAUCGAACGGUUGCUCGCACUUCUCCCGGGAGUAAUGUUGAGGGAACAGAAAAACGUUUUCCGAAUCGAGCGAGGGACCACUUGAACCAGGGCAACCCGUAGCGAAAAUUGAAUAAAUAUCGAGUGUACUAGAGCACACACAAUCGAGUGAAGCUGUUUCUCGUUGUUGGUAGAUUGCAUUUUCCGGAAAAUUGAAUUCUGCUUCAGGAGACCGUAACUCGACUAGUAUCGUCUUGAGUAGGACCCGAUCGCCCCCUCCCCAUCAUACGAGGAAUGGGGGCGUGAAGCCGGGCCCCCAAUCCGGUAGCACCCUCUUUAUGUAUGGAUCCAACGGUUUUUCCACUGCUGUCGACCUUGUUACAACAAUCAUCCGCGCAGGUUCUCCCCAUCGGAGACGGACCGACCUCAACCGUAGCGUCCGGCGUGGCCGAAGUCGCCAUCAUCAAUGCUACGGCUACGAUCAAUUUCCUAGAGUACCUCCUAACCGGUAACAGCAGUUCCGCCUCCGUUUCCGCCACCGCCAUCGCUACAUCACUGCCUGCCCUUGUCGAUCGUCUCACUCCGACGUCGUCAACAAGCUCUCUACUCGACGAACUCGGUGGCACUUCGGAGAGCUCUCCGGCAGAGCCCGUCAAUGUGCUGACGAUACAGACAAUCGUUAUUAGCAUAGUUCUCCUAGCUGUAAUCAUCGGAACCAUCGUCGGCAAUGUGCUGGUUUGCGUAGCCGUAUGUCUGGUGCGGAAGCUCCGCCGACCUUGCAACUACCUGCUGGUCUCCUUGGCCAUAUCCGAUCUCUGCGUAGCGGUCCUGGUGAUGCCCCCAGCCCUACUGUACGAAGUGCUCGAAGAAUGGAAGUUCGGAACCGUCUUCUGCGACAUCUGGGUGUCGUUCGAUGUCCUCUCCUGCACGGCAUCGAUCCUGAACCUCUGUGCCAUCUCAGUUGACCGUUACUGGGCCAUUACCAAACCGCUCGAGUAUGGCGUCAAGCGAACCCCACGGCGAAUGAUCGCUUGCAUUGUGCUAGUCUGGCUCGUGGCAGCCUGCAUAUCGCUCCCACCGCUUUUAAUUUUAGGCAACGAACACAUGACCAAUGGCCAGCCGUCCUGCUCGGUUUGCCAGAACUUCUUCUACCAAAUCUACGCCACCUUAUGCGCGUUCUACAUCCCGCUGGCGGUGAUGCUUUUCGUGUACUUCCAGAUAUUCCGCGCCGCACGGCGGAUCGUCAAUGAAGAGAAACGCGCCCAAAAGCACCUGGAAACGGCCAUCAAUGGUUCCGCCACCACUCCGGAGAAGAAGCUCUCCGCCGGUGGAACCGUCCUGGUCGCGACCCCACAGCACAAACGCCUCCGCUUCCAGUUGGCCAAGGAACGCAAGGCUUCCACCACGCUCGGUAUCAUCAUGUCGGCCUUCACCGUCUGUUGGCUGCCGUUCUUCAUCCUCGCACUGGUGAGGCCCUUCCUCGGCGAAGAUCACCACCUACUAUCGUCGCUGUUCUUGUGGCUGGGCUACGCCAACUCGCUGCUCAAUCCCAUCAUCUACGCCACCCUGAACCGGGACUUCCGGAAGCCGUUCCAGGAGAUCCUGUUCUUCCGGUGCUCGAGCUUGAACAACAUGAUGCGCGAGGACUUCUACCACAGUCAGUACGGCGAUCCGGGCUCGCAGAGGCUAGUCAUGGCGGCGAACGAUGGCGGCGGAGCGCGGGAGAGCUUCCUAUGAGUCUAGGCGGUGGCGGUUAGGGUAUUAGUAGCGCGAUACGAUGCGUAGGUGUGUAGAUGCGACCGACGGUAUCCGUCGGUCGGCCGUCGUCAGAGGACGAUUUUUUUGUAAUGUUUGCUUCGGAUUAGGAUAUAGCCAGUAUAGGUGUAAGUUGCAACUGUGUAGUUCGUAGGGUUGAUCAGGCAGACAGACAUGUCGCUUUAAACGUUUUCCGCUGGAUGUCAAUGUAACGCUAGUUCUACCAAUAUCUGCUAUGAAAACUAUCAUGUCGCAAGCUGAACUCCAAGUGAAAUUACACCAACUUGUCAACUUAUAAGCGUUUGGAUGUUUUUUUAGAUUGCAGUUUAUAUGCGACGAAUAGAAUAGAAUUGGGAAGCUCCACUGAAAUCCAACAGCUUCUUAUGCAGCCUACAGACGGUUUGACCAACAUUGACUUCGCCCCCAGGUUAGUCAAACUAAUUUAUGUCGAUAAAACCGUUUGACCGACUUUCAAAGUUCGUUGCAGCGACAUUAUAAUUCAUCGCAUGUUUAGAAUCAUCUCGGCAAGUGUAAAGGAUUUUUUCAGUAAUUCUCCAGGACUUACUCCAAGGCUUCGAAGAUCUUCAAAAAAUC